AUGGGUCGCGAGUUUUCUUUAUGCGAACGUGCUGGUUCAAAAAUCGAAAAUAACAGGAAGAUUCUAGACAAAGCCCUUAAAGUUCAAAAAACACUCAAAGAUAUGCACAAGACUCUUACUGAUACAAUUGUUAUGACAAGUGAUGGAGCAAUUUCGAAGGAGGUUCUUGACGUCAUCCCAAAGAUGCUUAUGCCUGGAUUUCUAUCGUCAAGAUUUUUUAUCCGAUUGAUUCUCAUAAUAUAUGUUGGCGCUGGGUUCUACCUCUCGGCCGAGCUUGCGGAAUUUGAUAUCCCGACUGCUUAUGAAGAACUUAUGGGAGUUUUGAAAAUGGCGCGUAUCAUGCUGCAAGCCAAGGAAAGAAUGUUAUCCUCCACGGUUGCUCUUUUCGCUUCAACAAAGGAACGUGCGGAAAGAGAGAAGUUUUUACCGGGAAAGGUGCUAUUGCCAGACCGACCAAAGGAAUUUUCAUCGCCAACGAAGUCCAAAACGGAAAGUUGUAUUUAUUACAUUUGUAUAUCUGCCCAUAUCGGUUUUAUUCUACAUGCGUUAAUGAUCACUGCUAAAAGUACUUUUGCCGAAAAUAAUUUGCCAAUAUGUCCUGAAGUUGCUACAGAAAAAAUCCGAUUGGCUGAUCGUAAAUCAACUCGUGAUUUAAGUUGUGAAGAAGUUGCAGGGAGCUGGUAA